GCCGCAGCAGGAAAAUAAUCCUACAGCUACAGGAAAUGUGCAUUAUUAUGUGGAUUAUAUUUGUUGGAAUUUAUCUUAGUGGUUGAUACAUUUUUUGCAAGGGAAAAUCAGGUGAAAUUUCAAAGUGGAAAUUGUAAACUUCACAAGCCUUUUUAAACCUCAAAUACACAACACGUUUCAAAUGUCCUGCAAAAAGUUAUCCUGCAACAGGGUGAUCAAAUUAAGAUCAUACAUUUGUAUCUUCCACGUGAUUUUCAAUAGCUUUUGGAGGAGUUUCAAAACCAUUAUAAACUCAACAAAAAAAGAAACGUCCUCUUACUGUCAACUGCAUUUAUUUUCAGAAAACUUAACAUGUGUAAAUAUUUGUAUGAACAUAACAAGAUUCAACAACUGAGACAUAAACUGAACAAGUUCCACAGACAUGUGACUAACAGAAAUUGAAUAAUGUGUCCCUGAACAAAGGGGGGGGAUCAAAAUCAAAAGUAACAGUCUGUAUCCACCAGUCGCAUUAAGUACUGCAGUGCAUCUCCUCCUCAUGGACUGCACCAGAUUUGCCAGUUCUGCAGUGAGAUGUUACCCCACUCUUCCACCAAGACACAUGCAAGUUCCCGGACAUUUCUGGAGGGAAAUCACCCUUUUGAUCCAACAGGUCCCAGACGUGUUCAAUGGAAUUGAGAUACGGGCUCUUCGCUGGCCAUGGCAGAACACUGACAUUCCUGUCUUGCAGGAAAUCACGCACAGAGCGAGCAGUAUGGCUGGUGGCAUUGUCAUGCUGGAGGGUCAUGUCAGGAUGAGCCUGCAGGAAGGGUACCACAUGAGGGAGGAGGAUGUCUUCCCUGUAACGCACAGUGUUGAGAUUGCCGGCAAUGACAACAAGCUCAGUCCGAUGAUGCUGUGACACACGACCCCAGACCAUGACGGACCCUCCACCUCCAAAUCGAUCCCACUCCAGAGUAUAGGCCUCGGUGUAACGCUCAUUCCUUCGACGAUAAACGCGAAUCCGACUGUCCCCCCUGGUGAGACAAAACCGCGACUUGUCAGUGAAGAGCACUUUUUGCCAGUCCUGAGUUUGUGCCCAUAGGUGAUGCUGUGAUGUCUGGUGAUGUCUGGUGAGGAUCUGCCUUACAACAGGCCUACAAGCACUCAGUCCAGCCUCUCUCAGCCUAUUGUGGACAGUCUGAGCACAGAUGGAGGGAUUGUGCGUUCCUGGUGUAACUCGGGCAGUUGUUGUUGCCAUCCUGUACCUGUCCCGCAGGUGUGAUGUUCGGAUGUACUGAUCCUGUGCAGGUGUUGUUACACGUGGUCUGCCCCUGUGAGGACGAUCAGCUGUCCGUCCUGUCUCCCUGUAGCGAAUGCCUAAGGCACGUUCACGCAGAUGAGCAAGGACCCUGGGCAUCUUUCUUUUGGUGUUUUUCAGAGUCAGUAGAAAGGCCUCUUUAGUGUCCUAAGUUUUCAUAACUGUGACCUUAAUUGCCUACCGUCUGUAAGCUGUUAGUGUCUUAACGACCGUUCCACAGGUGCAUGUUCAUUAAUUGUUUAUAGUUCAUUGAACACGCAUGGGAAACAGUGUGUAAACCCUUUACAAUGAUGAUCUGUGAAGUUAUUUGGAUUUUUACUAAUUAUCUUUGAAAGACAGGGUCCUGAAAAAGGGGCGUUUCUUUUUUUGCUGAGUUUAUGUGUGUGUGUGUGUGAGAUGUGCGUGAACUCUUUUGACUCAUCACAUACGCUGCUGCUACUGUUUAUUAUCUAUCCUGUUGCCUAGUCACUUUACCCUUACCUAUAUGUACCUAUCUACCUCAAUUACCUCGUACCCCUGCACAUCGACUCAGUACUGGUACCCAGUAUAAAUAGCCAUGUUACCGUUACUCAUUGUGUGUUUAUUCCUUCUGUUAUUAUUUUUCAAUAUUUUCUCUCUGCAUUGUUGGGAAGGGACCGUAUGUAAGCAUUUCAUUGUUAGUUUACACCUAUUGUUUACGAGGCAUGUGACAAAUAACGUUUGAUUUUGUGUGUGUGUGUGUGUGUGUGUGCGCCAGCCAGUGGCCCAGUUCUGCCCAGUCGACCCAGGAGGCGCCUGUAGGGGUAGAAAAAUGUGGCAAGUUGCUGUGAAGGGGAAGCCUAUGUACCUACGACUAGACACACACACACACACACACACACACACACACACACACACACACACACACACACACACACACACACACACACACACACACACACACACACACACACACACACACACACACACAGCCCAGACAGACACAACCUAGACAGAACCUGAGACAGAGACAGAGCAGUGUGAGGGACACUAAGUGUGACACACACCAAACUAUCUCACAGACAGCGACAUUAUCCACUCCCCUCACCUACUCGCACCGCAUCAAGGACGUCUUAUGCAACGUGGAGAUGAAUAGGGAGACAACAGAGCGGUAGGGGCAAGAAAGAUCAAGCCUUCUUUGGGUGUACGUACACUCACUAUGCUCCCCAUGCAACUCAGUGGUCUCAACAGGUAUUCUCCUGCAUUCACCACCCCCACUGUUUGUGCAGACAGAGCGCAGGGAGGGCUCCGCAAGGCUGCUCUAAAUCGGAGUAGCAGAUCCCAGACAGAGACUAACCUCCAGACUGACGAUGGUUAUGAGAGGGGCUGUCGAGUCGGGCUUCCCCCUGCUCGGAGUGGCCGUACUAGCCUUUCUCUGCUGCAUGCGAGGGGGUCAGACCCAGGAUGACUCAGGCUCUGGGGGGAUCCCAGGCACCAUGCCUCCCCACCUCAUCUUCAUCCUGGCGGAUGACCAGGGCUAUGGGGACGUGGGCUACCAUGGCUCGGACAUCCACACUCCGGUCCUGGACCAGCUGGCUGGAGAAGGGGUGAAGCUGGAGAACUACUAUGUCCAACCAAUCUGCUCACCCUCACGCAGCCAGCUUAUGACCGGGCGGUACCAGAUUCACACGGGCCUCCAGCAUUCUAUCAUCCGGGCACGCCAGCCGCUGUGCCUGCCCCCGGAUGCGCCCACCCUGGCUGAGCGGCUGCAGGAAGCAGGCUACAGCACCCACAUGGUAGGAAAGUGGCACCUGGGCUUCUGCCGGCCGGGCUGCCUGCCCACAGGCCGCGGCUUCCAGAGCUUCCUGGGCUCCCUGACUGGCAGCGGUGACCACUUCUCCUACCAGAGCUGUGACCAGGCUGAGGCCUGCGGCUUCGACCUGCACGAUGGGGACAGACCAGCCUGGGAGAUGAGCGGUAACUACUCCACAAUACUCUACAUAGAGAGGGUUAAGAAGAUCCUGAGGGCCCAUGACCCCCGGAAGCCCCUCUUCCUGUACCUGGCCCUCCAGGCCGUCCACACACCCCUCCAGGCACCAAACCACUUUCUGCAACGCUACAGUGCCCUGGACAACCGCCCGCGACGACACUAUGCAGCCAUGGUGAGCUGUGUUGACGAGGGUGUGGGGGCGCUGGUGCAGGAGCUGAGAACUCGUGGCCUCUACCAGAACUCUGUCCUGGUGUACUCCUCAGACAACGGGGGCCAGCCCCUCUCUGGGGGCUGCAACUGGCCACUGCGUGGGGGGAAGGGCACGUACUGGGAGGGGGGAGUACGGGCGGUGGGUUUCGUCCACAGUCCACUCCUGAAGAGGAAAGGAAAGGUGAGCAAGGCACUGAUACAUGUUUCUGACUGGUACCCAACCCUGCUGUCUCUGGCGAGGGCACCGGAGAAGGACCGAGGCCAGCUGGACGGCCACAAUGUGUGGGGGGCCAUCAGCCAGGGGCUGCCUUGCCCCCGCACUGAGAUCCUGUUCAACAUCGACCCAGUAUCCCGACGGCCUGGGGAGGCAGACUCCAGGACCCUGGCCCUUAACGGCUUUGGCAUCUGGGACACGGCAUUGCGGGCGGCAAUCCGGGCCGGGGACUGGAAGUUGCUGACGGGAAAUGUGGGUGAUGGGGACUGGGUGCCCCCUCAGACCCUGCCCGGGGGGCCCCAUCAGUGGCAGGGCAUGGAGAAACGUCGGGACCAGAGAGGGAAGUCUGUGUGGCUUUUCAACAUCACCGCUGACCCUUAUGAGAGGUCAGACCUAGCCGAUGCAAGGCCUGAGGUGGUCAAAAUACUGCUGGCCAGGCUGGCCGAGUACAACCAGACGGCCGUGCCGCCCCGAAACCCCCCCGAUGACCACAUGGCGGACCCCCAGCUCCAUGGGGGGGUGUGGACACCAUGGCUGGGUGAGGAAGGCAGCGAGGGUUCAGAGGGCAGCGGGGAGGGAGGGAAAGGGAAGGGGAAGAGUAGUAAAAUGAGGCACUGUAAGGUGUGCAAACUGAAAGCCCUCUUUAAGAAGGUGGGCUCCCGGAUGCAGAGGUCCUCUCUCUUCUUUUAGUCCACAGAGGGAGGGAAGGAGCACGUGGAUGUACAGGCAGGACUGACCGGCCUAUAUGAUACUGGAUCUUAGUCACUGGUUGUCCCCUGGCCACUAAGUAGGGUGACUUUGUGCAACUGUAAGAUUGAUGUUGAGAGUGAUGUUUUGAUGUCUCAUCUGCCCAUGAACAGAAGGACACGAUCAGAAUGACACUCGGACACCCAGAGAGAUAUUUCUUUCAUUUGUUGUUUUGUUAUUUGUACGUGGUGAUAGAAUGGACCUUCUAGGCUACACACUGCUUAUCAAAUACUUCUCUGUUCCCUAAACCAACUCUAAACAACACCUCACUGCGUCACAAUUCUAAAGUGGGUACUGGCCAGCAUAAGCUAAGCCAGAGAUACUGUGGCUGUUGUGCUCUUCAGUGCUGUUACAGUACAGUACACCUAGAACUUAAGCCAUGUUCCAGACAUAUGUAGCUCAUACCGUAAGUAAGUGUGAUAUGCCAGCUGGCAAAUCCCAGACUGUGAAAUAAUGCAGAUAUAACUGAAUCAGACUAGAUCAGGGUGACACAGGUUUGGACAUGCAACAAUACAGAAGCCAGAUCAGAUCAGAUGUGAAGCUUGCAUCUCUUGACUGUAAGCCAUUUGUGUAGAAACAAAUGUGUGUGAUUAUGCAUGUACUGGAGAUAAUGUAGGCUAUGUUCAGCAAUCCUGCAGCAAUCCCACGCACAGGACAGAGAAACACUCUUUAUUUCUCAUUUCCAUCAGUAUGACCGAGUGUGCACCAAGCUGCCUACUACUUCCCUGCCUCCUCCUCUCUAGCCAAGUCUCACCCUUCCCUCUUGUCCUCUCUCCCUAUCUUUCCCCAAUUUCAUCUCAUUUUCUCUUGCUUCUUGCCUCUUUCCCACAGCAGUAGGAAACUUUUCUUCAUCCUCCUCCUCUCUCUUCGUCAUCUUCUUCUCGUCUUCUUCCUCCUCAAUCUUUCUCAUUUCAUUCAGAGAUCAGGUCAGUUCAUAAGUGAUGGGGAGGAUGAAUAUGUUUGUGAGAAAUGAGAACUGAUAUGCAGAGUUACAUAAACAGUAAGGAGGAGGAGAGAAGAAGGAGGAAGGCUCCCUAGGGGGCAGCAAGGCCAUUUGAAGCAUUCCCUGUCUUAUCUGUAUUCUCCUCAUUUGUGAACAUGAACAUGUCAUAACAUACCAGUAAGUGCCUAUGUAUAAUUUGAUGCUAACCAAAAUGUGUUCUGCCUUUUGCUGCUUUCC